UUUAUUUCUAACCUUAGUAUAGCCGCAUGGAUAUAUCCAUCCUGACCUCGCCGAGAGCAGGGAUUCGACGACUCGAGCAAGCAAGUCCCCAUCAAUAAUGUUUCGAAUAACCCUGGCCUACAGUACAAUACUGUAUAGGGCCAACAACCUUUCUCAUAAUGGCAGUUGCACAGGUUAAAGAUAGUCUCCGCUCAAGCCGCUCAAUUCUGCCUAGCUGGAGAACAGCUCUCCUCGGUACGUUGGCUUGGCUGGAUACCUUACCUAUCGCUACUCGACUCGACCAUUUCCACAUUCAGCAGCAAGUUUAGAUCUACCUUCACUCCGCAUUUGGAUCUGCGAAGCUGGAGCUGUACCACACACAAGACCAGCAAGUCAUCAUAAUACCUGGUGGCCAAGAGAUGUGUUGUUUUUGAUUGUGGCUCGGUGUAAAUAGGCAAAUCAAGGCUACCGGCCUGAAAAUCGAGCUCCAAACCGACCGCACCACGUCUUUUCACCAUGCUCUUCAGCCCAGUCAAGGAUAAGCAAAGGAGCUUGCUGGGAGGCAUGAAGCCAUACUCGGCGCGCAGCAGCAUGCGCUCCUCGAGCUUUCCACCGCGUCGCCCAAGCUCCAUAAUACGAUACCUGGGGAUAACAUUUAUUAUCAUCCUCGCACUCUACUACCUCCAUGGACCAACUCAACAACUAGCGAGACCCAAGAAGACCUACCCGCCUGAGCGCACGAAACCCGACCAGCCCACAUACGAACAACAAGGCCAACAGAAGAACGGGAAAGGCAGCAGCAGCAAUGAGCACCCCAUCGACAAGCUAAUCCGUGACGCCGAUUCCAAAUUCCGAUCGAUUCUAUCCAAAGAGUCUCGAACGGUCGAGGAUGCGGCGGCCAGGUACCGCGAGCGGCGCGGGAGGCAUCCCCCACCGGGAUUCGACCUCUGGUGGCAGCUGGCAAUGUCGAAUAAGGCCAUCGUGGUGGAGGACUUUUGGGACCAGAUAUACACGGACCUGGAGCCCUUCUGGGGCCUGCCGGCGGCGCAGCUGCGAAAGGAGGCCUGGGACUUUGAGAUGACCAUCAACAUCCGCAACGGGACAGCCUCGGCCCAAAGCGACUGGUUCUGGACGCAGAUCUGGUUGGAUAUGAUCAGACAGAUCGAAGCUUACCUGCCAGACAUGGACAUUGCGUUGAAUGCAAUGGACGAGCCGCGUAUUGUGACACCGUGGGAGGACAUCGACCGAUACGUGACAAAGGCUAAGAAGACGCGCAAAAUUGUUGAUCCCAAGGACGUCGUGAGGCAUUUCUCAUCCCUGCCCAAUCCCAAAGAGGGUUCUGACAAGUGGGCGAUUGGAGAGAAAAAGAACUGGGAGACCAAACACCCAUAUUGGGAGAUUGCUCGUCGAGGCUGCCCUCCGGACUCGCCCGCCCGCACAAGCCCUGUUAUGCGUGACUUUGACCACGAGCCGAUCAUCGUACCCUCCAACGCCGACCCGCAUAUGUACCAAGGCUUCGUGUCCAACUACACACUCGCGACGUCCAUCUGCCACCAGCCCGACAUCCAGGGCCUGCAUGGCAUUUUCGUCGAGCCCUUGUCCAUCUCGACGACGCGCCACCUCUUCCCCAUGUUUGGCGGCAGCAAACUCGCCAUUAACAAUGAUAUUCUGCUGCCGGCGCCCAUGUACUGGUCGGGAGGUGCGCGCUUCACGGCAGACGGGUACGACAGUCAGCCGUGGGGAGAAAAGAAAAACGGUGUAACAUGGAGAGGUGUGGCGACAGGUGGGAGAACUAGGGCCAACAACUGGAAGGGAUUCCAGCGACACCGCUUCCUGGCCAUGAACAACGGAACGGCAAUCGGUUUGGCAGAAAAGGCCAUAUCCUCGGAGGCUGAGAAGGAGCAAACCCCGCAGAGUGGAGCACUACCGGUACCAAAGGGACUCAAUUUCGCGCUCCCCGACAAAAAGUACAACCUGGCGGCGCAGCAGGUCGGCAAGCUGAGCGAGUGGGUGGAUGAGUGGUCCAACAUGGCAUUCACGGACCUCAACUGCCAGCCGCAGGAGCCCGAAGGACAAUGCUCAUACACUGGUCACGCGUUCGAGAUUGGCCAGGGGCUCAUGCUCGCCGAGAUGUUUGAAUACAAGUACCUGCCGGACAUCGACGGCAACAGCUUCAGCGGGAGGUACCUCGGCUUCCUCAAGAGCACGUCGUUGCCGCUCAAGUCGACGCUGUUCCGGGAGUGGCACGACAGCCGCCUGGUGGCCUGGAAGCACUUUGUUCCCGUGGAUGCGCGGUUCGGAGACUGGCACGCCAUCAUUGAGUACUUUCUCGGCUACACGGGCACCGACAAGAAGAAAGCCGCCGCGCACGAUGCCGAGGGCGAAAAGAUCGCCAUCGCGGGGCGGGAGUGGGCCGAGUUGGCGCUGAGGCCCGAGGACAUGCUGAUCUACGUGCUGCGGUUGCUGCUCGAGUAUGCAAGGGUGAGCGAUGACAGGAGAGAGGUGAUGGGUUUUGUGGACGAUUUACUACCCAAACAAACGUAGUAGCCCUCUGCUGCGCGGAAGGAAUAAUUUUUUUUCUUUUCUUUUGUUUACCUACCUAGAUACCCUUUCCUUGAGGGAAUGUGACUUUUUUUUUCUUGUGCUAUGAGCAUGCUUUCCAUAGGUACUAUACCAUGAACCAAUUAUGUUGC